AUGUUCCUGGAUCGCCUACAUAACGCGCGACCCAACGGCGCGUACGUGGUGGAGUCCUUCGACGUCACUGCCCUUUAUACAAACGUGUCGUCGAAUGACUCCGCUUUGCAAGCCAUAAACGAACUCCUUAUACAACACGAAGGAGCAGUAAACAUGUACGGCUUCUCGAUUCAGCAGUUGAUGACACUGUUAAAGGAGUGCCUGAACUGCUCAAUCUUCAGAUGGUCCGGGAGGUAUUACGCACAAAUGAGAGGGCUGGCAUUGGGACAACGACUGGCAGCAAGCCUUGCCAUUGCAUUCAUGUCUAAGGUGGAAGCGCCAGUAAUCGACCUCGGUCCGUUACUCUACUGUAGAUAUAUAGAUGACUGCUUGGUCAUUUGUUCAACGCAAGAAGAAAUCGACAGAUGUUUCGAGUUGUUGAACACACAGUCGGAGUAUAUUAAAUUCACCCGAGAGAAACCAAAAGAAGACUGGCUUCCAUUUCUGAACGUGCAAAUUAGCCUAUCAGAAAACGGCUACAUUACGAAGUGUUAUCGAAAGCCAAGUAGUAAAAACAUCCUAGUUCAUUACCUCUCCUCUCAUCCCUCUCGCACGAAAAGGGCGCUUGUGAGAAACAUGUAUCGAACGGCUACCAGCGUGUGCACAGGGAGACAACAGAGAGAGGAGUCCCGGAACUUGGCACGGCAAAUAGCCAUUUUUAAUGGCUACGAAACCGUAGCUCCAGACAGGUGUAGAGGAAACCACAGGCACACCAACGAUAACUCUAGCGACAACAAGGUCCCGUUUAUACUGCCCUUCAUUUCAAAUGAAGUAAGUGCAGCUAUAAAACGCUGUUUAAGAAGGGCCAGUCUAGAGAAUUCGGUAACGAUAAUCGAAAUACCACCGAGUAAUAUAAGGCGCCAGCUAGUUCGUAACCGCCUAUACGACCGUCUAUGUGCAACCCAAAAUUGCAUAAUUUGCCCCAAUGGUAGAGACGGUGACUGCAUGAGUUCGGGUACAGUCUAUCUGAUCUCUUGUAAAGCGUGCGGGGACGAAUACGUUGGCGAAACGGGUAGACCACUCUGCGUACGUACAAAAGAACACCUAGUCGGCAAACGUAAACCAAAUACUCCACUAGGCACGCAUAGGGCGCAGAGACAUAACGGAGAAGAUUUUGAAGUAGGGAUUACGAUCUUCGCGCAAGAAUCGAGAACACAAGCGCGCAAAACUCUGGAGGCAUUGUGGAUAAAUUCCAAGAAUCCGAAAAUGAACAGCAGGGAGAAAUGCCUCAUUAUCAUGCGUGAUAUUGGACAGUAUAUAAACCUGUUAUUCUGA